CAACGUUAGAUGACAGGCUGCCACGGGAACUGAUAAAGCUCUAUACAUAAGAGGAGAGUCGACAAGUAAGGAUGCGCGCUUCUGGUCUUCAGUCCUUCUUGCUUGUUGCAGAGAGUACUUUGAGCAAGCUUGCCUUUUGGAGCAUCGUCUAUGGAACCUGCUGCGGCAAGAACAUUUGAAGAACCAGCAAAUGAUGAAGUUUGGGAUCCUGCUGCCGGCCUCCCUGUGGAGUAUGCGUCGUCCAUUGACAUAUUUGCUGGUAUGUGGAGCCUCCAGCCAUAUGUCCCUAGUAGCUCUACCAGAGGGCAGCAGCAGCAGCAGCUUGUUGAGUACAACUACUAUGCUGCAGCCACACAGCAUGACGGUCCGAUUGUUGAGCAAGCAGCAGCACAAGAGUCCUUAGAGGUUGAUUUGCUGCACGAUAUGGAAAUGGAGAUCUACAACAAUAAUCCUAUUCUGGUGUUCCAGGAAAAAGCGCGCAAGUUUAAAGAUGAUAUCGGCAUGAUGAAAAUGAAGAUCCAUAGGUACCCUCCAAGCAUCCAAGAUCUCGGCGAUUGGUAUACCGUCCCGAGGAUUGUGGCCAUCGGCCCUUACCACCACCGUCGACAAGAGCUCAGGCAUACCGAGAAUGUGAAGCAUGUGGCUGCUUACCACUGCAUCAAAACUUCGGGCCGCUCGGUCCAGGACAUGUACUACGCGGUCGUCUCCGCUGUGGCGGAGAUCGAUGCCCGCCGCCUCUACAGAGAGGACGUGAUGGAAGGUAUCGUCGAUGCCGACUUCCUACCUAUGAUGUUCUUUGACGCGUGCUUCUUGGUCAUGUACAUGAUAAAAAUGUCGGGCAUGGACUGCAACGCGACGUUGUAUGAUUUCUUCGAGUUCAGUGCCAACGAAAUCGAUCAUGACAUCAUGCUGCUUGAGAACCAGAUCCCCUGGCCGGUGGUGGACGCCCUCCUGAAGUACACGUCCGUGCCCUUGGCGAAGUUCGUUGCUAAUUGGAAAGACGGCCGUCUGCAAGAUUGGGUUGAUGAAGUGCCUAGUGUUGUCUUGGAUGAUAGCUACGAACCCCCGCAUCUCCUUGGCCUCCUCCGGUUCUACAUUGUUGGAAGAACAAGGAGCAGAACAGAGGUGCCUGGAAUAGGGAAAAUGAAAUCGAUACAAGUCUCAGUUAGUGCCAUGGAGCUUGCCGAAAUGGGCAUCAACAUCAGAGCCAAGAAAACAACAGAGCUUGCGGAUAUGGGCCUCACCAAGAAACGGAUCUUGUUCGCCGAGCUCUCCAUGGCGCCGCUGUCUCUGAACGAUUUAAACGCAAGCCUGCUCGUCAACAUGGCGGCCCUCGAGCUAUGCACGACCCCAAAUUUUUUUUACGACGAGGCAGAGUUUGAAGACUCUGCUGUCUGUUCGUACCUCCUCCUGCUCUGCAUGUUGGUGAAUAGGAAGGAGGACGUGCACCACCUGCGAACAAAGGGUAUUCUGCAAGGAGGAGCAGGGCUCACGAACACGAACGCGCUGCACUUCUUCACCAGCCUUCAGAGCCUGCGCCUCGGACGCUGCUGUGGCAACAUCAUGGUACAGAUUGAGAGUUACAGGAUCAAGAGGCCAAUGCGGAUUAAGGUGUACGCGUUCGUUUACAACAACUGGAAGACCAUCCUCAAGGUUUUAUCCGUCAUUGGUGUAUUUGCCAGUAUCUUGUCGGCGAUCCACUCUCUCAAGGGUGCCCAUUGACAUAGUAUUUAUUUGAGUUAUCAGCAUGUGCUGUCUGCUGUAAAAUGCAUGUUGGCUCCAUCUUAAUCUUCUGCGUCUUGAGAUAGUGUGUUGUGACAGUAUUGUCUACUUGUCGGUUGGCUGUCAUGGAAUUUAUUUGCAAACUGCUUUCUAGCUGUA